AUGGAAAUUCAAAAUAUUAUUCGAGCUUGGUUAGCAUUCACCGUACUACAACUUAUCGGUAAUCUUCGACAGUGCAUACAAUCAAAAAAUUUUUUAAAAGUUUUGUUACGCCGUAAAACUUCUACCACUACAGAUAUAGCAUCUAUUGCUGCAUCAUUUUUUGUUCACUACUGGACAAUAUUACUUCUACGCCUCUUUGUAAUUUAUUAUUUCGAUUGCAUCCCACUUCAUAUAUUUCAUAUAAUUUGUACAAUAACAUCAGUUGGCUUUCUUUCCUUUGAAAUUUUUUACACUGAACUAUUGGAAAAAUCAAUGGCUCAGUAUAUACAGAUUGCUUUAUCUGGUUGUACGGUCUUAAUUAUUAUAUCUAGCUGGAAGUAUUUAUUCACAGUUACCAGAAAACAAGAAAAAAGACGUAAAAAAUUAACCGCUGUACAUAUGAUGGAACAUAAUUACAUGGAUCUCAAAAAACAAAAAUGA